CUAACCUGUAUAUCAUCCCUACUUGGCAUAGCUGGAUUGUCGCGCUUUCGCGUGACUUGCAGCCUUGUUUGCGUGGGCACCCAGCAUUUGGGAGCAUGAGGGCCUUUACACAAGGACGUCUUGUAGACCCUGAUGUUUCUCGCAUGGCCCAGGUGACGGGCGUCCGGCCAUCGCCGUGCCUCCGACCGCUCCGCGGCGCUGUCACAGUCCGCGUAGCCAGCGUCGCACCUCCGCCUCGACCAUUUGACGCAUCAUCGUUGCCAGAGGGCCGUGCUGGCAGCACUUACCGCCGGGCGUCGCCCGACGCCACCCCGCCAGCGGCGGAGGCUGUUGCUGACGUGACGGCGCAGCAUGACGCCACCAGCAGUGACGCCGCCGCGACGCUGGAGCGCAAGGCAAGCGGCCGUAAAGCCACGACCAGCGCCAGUUCCAGCGCCAGCAGCCGUGACCGCCCGCAGCGCGGUUUCAUCAGUGCUGGCGACAAGCGGAAACAGGGCGGCGACAGGCCGGCGGCAGACGGCCGGCCCGCCAGGCGUAGUGGCGAUGACAGCGGUAGCAGCGGCAGCGGCGGCGGCUCGAGAUUCAACCCUCGCAUGUUCACGAAAGAGCUGUCGUCUGCGCAAACGGUGGCAGACCUGCAGCUACUCUUCGAGGUUGGCCGCUCGCAUGGUCUGAACUCCAUCCACAUCGCCACGGUCUGGACGCGCCUCGCAAAGCUCAUGACGGCCGACCCCGCCUCUGCACGCAAGGGGCCGUGGCAGCGCCGCGGCGCGGACGCGCCCGACGCCGCCUCCGCCUCCCCAGCAGCCACCGCGGCCGCGGAGGUGGACCCGCGCAUGUUGGCCCUCUUCCUGGAGUCCCUGGAGAGCGAGACCACGAAGGAGCGGCUGCAGGGCAUGCAGGCGCGCGGACUUGCCAACUUCAUCUGGGCAGCAGCCAAGCUGAAGCCCGCGCCCUCCGGCCCCAGCGGCCAGGCCGCUGGCGCGCCGGCCGUGGCAAAGGCCGCGGCCACCGCUGCCGAGGACGCAGCAAGCGCGGAAGGCGAGGGCGAGCGCGCACGGCCGCGCCGCAUCCGCGGCGGCUACGCCAAUGCCGCGCGCAAGGAGUCGGAGGCGGCGGCGGCGGCCGCCGCCGCCGAGGCCGCGGAACGGCUCUCCACUACCGUGGUUUCACGCUCCACGCUGGACGCCUGGGCGGAGGCGCUGGACGCCCGCCGCGCCGACCUCAACAUGCACGACCUCUCCAACGUGUUCUGGGCCAUGGGCCGCCUGGGCUACCAGCCCGCGCACGGCUCGCUCAACCGCCUCGCCAUCGCGCUCUACCGCGAGCUGGGGGCCAUGGUGCGCGCUGGCACCGCCGCGCAGCAGGCGCGGCUCCAGCCGCGGGCGGCCGACACUGAUUCCGGGAGCGACAGCAGCAGCUCGGCAGCGGCAGCUGGCGGGGCGGAGGGCGCGCUGGACCCUCGUGCGCCGCAGCAGCUGAGCAACGUGCUGCUGGGUCUGGUGCUGCUGGACUGGCGGCCCGACAUCCGGGACUUCUGGGAGACGAUGUGGGUGGCGCUGGACAAGGUGGUCUUCAGCGACGCCAACACGGAUGUGCAGUCGGUGGUGAACGUGGCAUGGGCGCUGGGCAAGAUGUCGGCGGCCCGCGAGGAGUUGGAGCAGCAGGGAGUGACCCGCCACGACUUGCCCGUGGUGCCGGAGAAAGUCGGCAGCCGCAUCGCGUACCUUGCGGCCGUGCGACACUCGGAGCGCAUGCUGCCGUCGCACGUGCAGGACGUCUUCCUGGCGCUGCCCCGACUGGGCUUCAUCAAGCCCAGCGAGCAACAGGCCGCCAAGCUGAGCUCGCUGGCGCGCCGCGUGCUGCCCGCCUGCGACGCCCAGGCAGUCUCCUCGCUGCUUGUAUCCCUGCUGCGCCUGGGCGGCAUGAAGCGCUCGCUGAAGCUCAAGCACGCGCUGCUCAACGCCUUCGCCCGGCAGCUGGAGGCCGGCGCCGCGUCGCCGGAGGCGUGCGCGCGCGUGCUCUUCUUCCUGUCUGUCACUGCGUCGCGCCAGCCCGACUGGCUGCCGAUGCUGUGGGCAAGGAUGCAGGAGGACGCGCUCGCAGGGCGCUUCGCGGCAGCUGACGUUGCGUUCGCGGCCCUGGGCCUGAAGCGCAUGUUUGCUGAGGAUGUUGUGGAUGCGGGCCUGGAGGCGGCGGUGGAGGGCGCCACCGCCGAGGCCGUUGCGGAUGCUGACGCCGCCGACGUGGAGGUGUCCGGAGGUGGGGAGGGGCAGCAGGAGGGCGAGGACCAGGAGGAGGAGUGGCCCACGUUCCCGCCGCCGCCGGAGCUACUGGCGGCGCUGCGGCAGGCGUGGGACGCGGCGGGCGAGGGGCGGCUGUCUGUGAAGGCGGUGCGGCCGACGGUGACGACACGCAUGCUCAAGGCGCGGCGGCCGCGCUACGACCCCGCCCGCAGCAAUGAGGAGGGCAUCCGUGAGGAGGUGGAUGACUACCUUGCGCAGGUGUGAUGACCGUAGGGCAGUAGGAAGAGGCGGCAAGAGAAGUGGUGCGGGGAGCAGGAGGUGGCGAAGCAGUGAUGUACGUGCGGACGUGAGCACAUGGGAGCCGUGACGGAGGUGGCCGGUUGAAGCGGGUUGGUAACCCAUGGGGACUACAGAUUUGGGCCGGGGCGCUGGGCACGCAAGAAGCAGCAAGCUUGCCCAUAGCACGCAGGCAACCACGAAGCGCUAUUUAUGAGCCUGGAAGGCGGCUCUGAAUGGGCUAUGGCUGCCGAAGCAAGGCAAGGUGCUCGCGCUCGGAGUGAAAGGUAGACGUUUUGGGCGCUGGUGGAUAGAUGCAGCCGCGUAGAAUAUAGGACCCCUGCACAUUGUUGCAGGACGUCGCGCGAGAAAGGCCACGGCACGCCGUGCCAUGUAGUUGCCAUGCCAUACGGUAACGUAAAAUUUCCGUCGCAGGUCGCACCGCGCCGCGCUGCAUGCGUGACAUAUCAAAGAGGCGACUCCUGGAUAUAUUAAUUGUCAACGGUCCG